AUGUUAUUCAGACCAAAGGUUCUCAACUUUAAAGAUGCAGUAAGCUCAUCACGUUUUUGCACGGGCUCCCACGGGCUUCCGAGGGCUGCACGGACUGCAAGGGAGCGCGUUCCUGGAGCUGGAGCCUUCCCCACCCCCCAACGGAAGGGGCGGAGCCACCUCGCGGCGGCGGGAAAAACGAAAAGACCCGGGAAGCCAACGUGCAGUCGCGCCCCUGCCCGUCGCUCGCCUCCACCGCCUGGCCCGGGACCCGCAGUCGCCCGCGAGAUGCCCGACGCCGGCUCCGACCCGCCGUGCCCGCACGGGGAGCGGCAGUACUUGGGGCAGCUCGAGCACAUCCUCCGCAGCGGGGUGCGCAAGGAGGACCGCACGGGCACCGGCACCCUGUCGGUGUUCGGCAUGCAGGCGCGCUACAGCCUGCGAGAUGAAUUCCCUCUGUUGACAACCAAACGUGUGUUCUGGAAAGGUGUUUUGGAAGAGUUGCUAUGGUUUAUCAAGGGAUCCACAAAUGCUAAUGAGCUGUCAUCUAAGGGAGUGAAAAUCUGGGAUGCCAACGGGUCCCGAGAUUUCUUGGACAGCCUUGGAUUCUCCAACAGAGAAGAAGGGGAUUUAGGCCCAGUUUACGGCUUUCAGUGGAGGCAUUUUGGAGCAGAAUACAAAGAUAAAGAUUCAGAUUAUUCAGGUCAAGGUGUAGACCAGCUGCAAAAAGUGAUUGACACCAUCAAAACCAACCCCGAUGACAGAAGAAUCAUCAUGUGUGCUUGGAAUCCAAAAGAUCUCCCUCUCAUGGCCCUACCUCCAUGCCACGCCCUCUGCCAGUUCUAUGUGGUGAAUGGUGAGCUCUCCUGCCAGCUGUACCAGAGGUCAGGAGACAUGGGCCUGGGUGUGCCCUUCAACAUUGCCAGCUACGCUCUACUCACCUACAUGAUCGCACAUGUCACCGGCCUGAAGCCAGGUGACUUUGUACAUACUUUGGGAGAUGCACAUAUUUACCUGAACCACAUUGAGCCACUGAAAGUACAGCUUCAGCGAGAACCAAGACCUUUCCCAAAGCUCAAAAUACUUCGGAAAGUUGACAGAAUUGAUGACUUCAAGGCUGAAGACUUCCAGAUUGAAGGGUACAAUCCUCAUCCGACAAUUAAAAUGGAAAUGGCAGUUUAG